AUCCCGCUUCCAGGGCAGCCAUUGCCAUGGAGACCCCCGAAGCUAUAAAGCCAGGUAUCUAGGCGUCGGGCACCUCUCGAGUCUCUGAGCCCCCCAAGUAAAAAAGCAAGCGUCCCGGCCCCCGCAAGAGGGGAGGAGGCGGGAAGAGGCUCCGAGAGCUUGAGGAGCGGCGCUCCCCGCCGAGGCAGGAGGCAGGCGCGCCAGGCGGGAGCUACCCGCUCAGCAGGGGAGCCGGGGCUGCCAGGGGUGCGGGUGAGUGGCGCUGCUCCAAGCCGCCACGAGGGACCGAGGGGCGUCGGACAUGGGGAAAACGUAGCGAGAAUUGAGGUCGAGCUUGAACGGGAGCCGGGAGUAGCAAGCAGCCCACACCUCCAGGCGGGAAGCCCAGGGAGGAGCGCAAGACGAACCGGGAGCUGCGAGGCACCGGGAGCAUCAGGGAAAUCGGAAAGGGAAUCUCAGGACCCUCGGCUGCUGCCACCUACGCGCGGAAAGAGCGGUACGGGUGUCCGGGCCUGGGGCCGGAGCCCCGUGGGGGUGAGGGAAGAGGGGCGCCCCCGUGCGGACCUAUCGAACUUCCCGGGCACGGCCGCCGGAGCCAUGCUCAAGCCCAAGGACCUAUGCCCCCGGGCGGGUACGCGCACCUUCCUUGAGGCAAUGCAGGCGGGCAAAAUCCACUUGGCCCGUUUCGUGCUAGACGCGCUGGACCGCAGCAUCAUCGACUGCCGCGCCGAGCAGGGCCGUACGCCGCUCAUGGUGGCGGUGGGGCUGCCGGACCCCGCCAUGCGCUCGCGCUUCGUGCGCCUGCUGCUGGAGCAGGGUGCGGCCGUGAACCUGCGGGACGAGCGCGGCCGCACUGCACUCAGCCUGGCCUGCGAGCGAGGCCACCUGGACGCUGUGCAGCUGCUGGUGCAGUUCAGCGGCGAUCCGGAGGCAGCGGACUCGGCGGGCAACAGCCCGGUGAUGUGGGCGGCGGCGUGCGGCCACGGGGCGGUGCUGGAGUUCCUGGUGCGCUCUUUCCGCCGCCUGGGCUUGCGCCUUGACCGCACCAACCGUGCUGGCCUCACAGCGCUGCAGCUGGCCGCCUCCCGCGGUCACGGGACCUGUGUGCAAGCCCUCACCGGGCCUUGGGGCCGGGCAGCCGCAGCGGCAGCGGCCCGGGGCUCCAACUCCGACAGCCCCCCAGGCCGUCCUGCCCCGGCGCCCAGCCCAGAGCGUCGACGGCCCAGCCCCCGUCGUCUACCGCGGCCCCUCUUGGCGCGGUUUGCGCGAGCUGCCGGCGGCCACGGCCACGGUCACGGCCACGGCCACGGAAGUGAGCUUGCCUCUGCAGGCAAGGGCUCGGGCCGACACAGGGCACAAGGCAGCGAGAGGCCAGAGCUGGGCCGGAGCAUGAGCCUAGCGCUGGGUACCAUGACGGAGGAGGAGACAGCACGCCUUCGGGCAGGAGCUCUCAUGGCCCGACCAAACUCACCCCAGUCUUCGGGGAGUGGGCGGUGGCGCUCACAGGAGGUGCUGAAGGGAGCGCCCCCAACCUUAGUGCAAGCCCCUAUUGGCCUCAGUCCUCAUCCCGAGGGUGGCCCAGGCUCUGGCCGCCUGGGUUUGAGGCGACGGUCCACAGCCCCAGACAUCCCCAGCCUGGUAGGGGAAGCCUCAGGGCACGAGAGUGGCCCGGAAUUAGAGACCAACGCUCAGCCUUUCUCAGUGCCCGGGUCAAAGCCUUGGCAGGAGGGCACAGAGGCUGUGGUAUUGCAGGCUCAGCGGUAAGGGGCAUGAAGGUCGAGCCCUGCAAAGUCCACCCUCUUGUCUCUGGUCACUGAGAUGUCCCUUUUCUCCAAGUCUGUCCCUUUCUCUGCGAUUUGCCCUCCCCCAACUUUGUCCCCUCACUGCUAAAGGGAGACCUCCCCCAGUCCUCCACCAGAUUUAAGACAGAGAUCUCAUCCUUUUGUGCUCUUUGGUAUUUCCUGUGUAGACCGCUCAACCUUCCUACAGCCUGACUCUUGUCCUGGGGGGG